AUGCUGACUCGUCUUGUGCCUACAGUCAAGGUUGCCAUUAAGUCGCGAAUUGUCACCGUCGAGGGUCCCCGCGGCAAGCUGGUCAAGGAUCUCAGCCACUUGGCCGUCAACUUCACCAGCCCCAAGAAGAACCAGAUCUCCAUCGAAGUUCACCACGGUGUCCGCAAGAAUGUCGCUGCCCUCCGAACUGUCCGAACCAUCAUCAACAACUUGAUCAUCGGUGUCACCAAGGGCUUCAAGUACAAGAUGCGAUACGUCUACGCCCAUUUCCCCAUCAACGUCAACGUCUCCAAGAACGCCGAGACCGACUUGUUCGAGGUUGAGAUCCGAAACUUCAUCGGCGAGAAGCUCGUUCGCCGUAUUGUUAUGCACCCCGGUGUUGAUGUUGAGGCUUCCACCACCCAGAAGGAUGAGCUCGUCCUCUCUGGUAACUCUCUCGAGAACGUUUCCCAAAGUGCUGCCGAUAUCCAGCAGAUCUGCCGAGUGCGAAACAAGGAUAUCCGAAAGUUCUUGGACGGUCUGUACGUCUCCGAGAAGGGCAACGUUGUCCAGGACGAAUAA